AUUCUACUUAUCAAAAUGAUGUCCAAUUACCAACUUGUACAACACUUACUCGAUGAAGAGGAAGAUGAUGACAUUUGUGAGGUGUCACUCAACCCUAUUAGAAUUCUGAAAAAUGAGGCGGAAGAAGAAAAAGCCGAAGUGGCUCGUAUGUCCAGCUUCAUCGGUGCCAUUGCUAUUGGUGAUUUGGUGAAAAGUACCCUUGGUCCUAAGGGUAUGGACAAAAUAUUGGUAUCCUGUGGCAGAAAUAGUGGCCAGGUUGAGGUUACGAAUGACGGUGCUACUAUUUUGAAGUCCAUUGGUGUUGAUAACCCAGCAGCCAAGAUUUUGGUUGAUAUGUCAAAAGUGCAGGAUGAUGAAGUUGGAGAUGGCACCACAUCUGUUACAGUUUUGGCUGCUGAACUUCUCCGUGAAGCUGAGAAGCUCAUUGAACAGAAGCUUCACCCCCAGACUGUGAUCGCUGGAUGGCGUAUUGCUGUAGAUGCUGCUAAACAAGCUCUUGCCGACUCUAGCUUUGACCACGAAAAGAAUUUCAAUGAAGCUGCUCUCCGGGCUGACCUUGAGAACAUUGCUCGCACCACAUUAAGUUCUAAAAUCCUGUCAAAUCACAAAGAACACUUCACAAAGUUGGCUGUAGAUGCAGUGCUCCGUCUUAAGGGCUCUGGCAACUUGAAAGCUAUCCAGAUUAUCAAGAUCUCGGGUGGUCUCCUGGAGGAAUCUUUCCUUGAUGAAGGUUUCCUAUUGAACAAAAAGGUGGGUGUACAUCAACCUAAGCGCAUUGAGAAUGCCAACAUCCUCAUAGCCAACACUCCAAUGGACACAGACAAGAUCAAAGUGUUUGGUUCCACUAUCAAAGUAGACUCUAUGGCCAAGAUAGCAGAACUUGAAGUAGCUGAGAAGGAAAAGAUGAAGGACAAAGUUAACAAGAUCUUGGCUCACAAGUGCAAUGUGUUCAUCAACAGACAACUUAUCUACAACUACCCUGAGCAGUUGUUCGCUGAUGCCGGCGUGAUGGCUAUCGAGCAUGCCGAUUUCGACGGUAUUGAGCGACUCGCGCUCGUCACUGGAGGAGAAAUCGUGUCCACUUUCGACUCACCCGACAAAGUCAAACUGGGACACUGCAAGGUUAUUGAACAGGUAUUGAUUGGUGAUGAGUGUCUGAUCCGUUUCUCUGGAGUAGAGCUGGGUUCUGCUUGCACUAUUGUGAUCCGUGGUGCCACACAGCAAGUCAUUGAUGAGGCUGAACGAUCUCUGCACGACGCGCUUUGCGUACUUGCCGCCACUGUCAAGGAACCUAAAGUGGUUUAUGGUGGAGGUGCUAGCGAGAUGUUGAUGGCGGAAGCCGUGUCUCGUAUGGCAGCCCGCACUGCUGGUAAGGAGUCUGCAGCGGCCGAGGCAUUCGCCGUGGCCCUGCGCCGCCUGCCUUCUGCUGUCGCCGACAACGCUGGUUACGACUCCGCUGAUCUCAUCUCACGGCUCCGCGCUCACCACGCUCAGGGAGAAACCACCAUGGGUCUUGACAUGCAAAACGGCCGCGUAGGAGACAUGAAGAAACUGGGUAUCACAGAGUCUUACGUAGUGAAGCGUCAGGUGCUGCUGUCUGCUUCCGAAGCAGCUGAGAUGAUCCUCCGUGUCGACAACAUCUUGAAGUCGGCGCCGCGUCGCCGUGGCCCAGACCGUCGUCCAUGCUAAAUCAUUCUGUAUAUUCGAGCACUAGUAAUUGUAAAUGGAAGUGGGUGACCAAACAUACCAGGAAUACUGACUAGUAUAAUUAAAUGUGCUUAUAUUGCAUUUAUUUGACUACAGACUGGAAUAAAUAUCACAAUAUGGUGCACGUAAAUUUUACUUGUAACCACUUCUGUUUAUUUUUAUCGUAUUAAUUGCACUUGUGCAGUGUGAGAAUGCUUGUCUGUACCAACUUAUCAAAUAACUAAGUUUAGCUUUACCAGUUUAGCCUUAAGUCAGGGAAGAUUGAAUUUCUUUUAGAAACAAUCUCUAAGAUGACUCACAAAGUUAUAUUUAAUGAUGAAACAUACUGUAUUAAUAUUGUAUGUGUGUAACAAAUAAGUAUUUUGAGUUUGAAAAGUGACUUCUAUUAUUGAUAUGGCCCCAUUUGGUUUGAAUCUUGUAAUGUCCCUACAUCUAGCUAGUCUAGAUGUACUCAGCUGCGCUAGUUACUUCUAAUAGUAAUCUUUAGUUCAUGUGGCCUUAAUGCCUUGAUAAUGAUGUAUUAACUAUUAAUUUAAUAAAAUUUUAACAACACAA